AUGGGGCCAACCGAUCGUGCAACUGAACAUGAGUUCUACAAAGCGAACCGACAAGAAACACCUGAAGAUAUCACCAUUGCUGUGCCUUGGAUAAAAGAGAUUUUGAAAGGGUUUCACAUUCCCAUUUUAGAGUUUUCGGGGUAUGAGGCCGAUGAUAUCAUUGGCACGAUUGCGAAGAAGAAAGCAAAAGAAGUGUGUAGUUGA